UUGUAUUAUUGUACAUAAAAUCACACUUUUAUUAGCAAUAAUAAUACUUUUUAUCAUUGUUUUAUUUUUAUUCUGAAUGAAAACGUAAUAUGACGUAUUCCGGUGAAACAAGCCUCAGAACAUCCGGUCGGGCCGUGUUUCAUAUCCAGGGGUAUAUAGUAUCUAUGGUGGUACUCUCAGUGUGCCGAGACUAGCUUUAGAUAUGGCAUCUAAGGGAGCAUUUGAACCUCUGGCAAGAGCUGACAAGAUACCUAAAGCCAUUCCUGUACUACAAGACAGCGAUUGUAUAGCAGCUAUUGACUUUGGGACAUCAUCACUAUCAGUAGCGUACACUACUCCAUUGAAUCCAACAACAAGAGAAAAUGUAAAAGUGGUGCCACUUCACAAAACUUAUGAAAGAGUCCCUAAUGCUAUACUGAUCAUGAAAGAUCAAGAGGGACAAGAUUGCUGGAAAACUUUUGAAAUUGGACAUCAAGCACAAAGUGCAUAUAGCAAGAUGAAGAAGAAAAGUUCUGAAAAUUUCAUAUAUUUUGAACGAAUAAAAAACCUACUGAAAAGAGAUAAAUUAUUAGAUCGUACUACUCAAGUCUCUUCAUUCACUGGUGGUUCUUAUUAUCUUAUUGAAGUUAUAGCUUUUAUACUAACACACCUCAAGGAGAAGCUACUGACUGAUGAGCUUAAAAGAAACUACAAGUCGACUGAAUUUGAUUGGGUCAUUACUGUUCCUGCUAUAUGGAAAGCAAGAGCAAGAAGAAUGAUGAGAGAAGCUGCUUAUAUGGUAAGUGUAUACAGUAUCGCUGGUCUGACAUCUGAUGCUCUUGGUAUAACAAAGUUCACUCCAGUUGGUUCUCCUUUACCACGUCCAGAGGAGGUUAAUCCUGAGAAGCUAUCAUUAGCUCUAGAACCAGAAGUAGCUGCUAUAGCUGCACAGCAUUAUUCACUAGUAUCAGGGUCCCCUCCACAGAGAUAUAUGGUAGUUGAUAUAGGAGGAGGUACAGUUGAUAUUACUGUACUACUGUCAAUGAAGCUUUAUCAGCAAUACUGGAAGAAAUUUUAG